AUGGCUGUCAAUUCUGCAACCCAAUUGCAGAACCUGAGUGAUCGCAAUGUGAAAAAUGUUGUGCUAGGAGAUCUUCUGUUCAAACCAUGGUACCAGUCCAUAUACCCCGAGAAUCUAGUUGCCAAAGAUGCCGAUCGUCUCUACAUCUGCUCCUGGUGUUUUCGAUAUUCCUGCGACGCAGAUUCAUUUGCGCCUCAUGUCCAGUCGUGUGCAUACCGAACAACCCCACCUGGCACUAAAAUUUAUGAACACGGUGGAUAUGCAGUAUGGGAGGUAGAUGGAGAGGAACACAAACUCUUCGGGCAGAACUUGUCUUUGUUUGCCAAAUUGUUUUUAGACCAUAAGACUGUCUUCUUCGAUGUUGCCACUUUCCUAUAUUACAUCCUCACCUUUACCGACUCUAUCGACUCCGACAGCUACCGGGUUCUCGGCUUCUUCUCCAAAGAAAAGCUCUCUUGGGAUGCGAACAAUCUUGCAUGUAUUUGUGUUUUCCCGCCAUAUCAACACAGGCAAUUGGGAAAGCUACUAAUGGGUGUUAGCUACAAGCUAAGCGGUUGGGAGUACCCUGGUGGCUAUAUUGGUGGUCCUGAGAAGCCUCUCAGCGACUUGGGACAAAAGAGCUACAACCGCUUUUGGGCUGAGCGGAUUGCAAGAUAUUUGCUUUGCGGUAGAAAUGGGUCCCCCAGUAUUGAGACAGACCAGCAGAAGCCUGCAACUCCCUCAAAAGCUUCGCGCAAGAAACCUCGGAGCGAAAUGAUGACUGUGGAAGAGAUUGGUCUUGCCACUGGCAUGUUGACUGAGGAUGUCAUUACUGCUCUCAAGAGUAUGGGGGUUGUUGCACCCGAUACAUCCCCAAAGAAGCGCAAAACACCUCGCCUGGCGGGAGAACAUGAACCACCGCAGGGUCCGAAAAUGCUCAUUUCGAAGUCGGAUGUAUGGCAAUGGGCGAAUGCACAUCACCUUUCUUUAGAGGAUCCGGUGAAAGAUGAAGGAUUUUUGAAAGUAUGGCCGUCUGUCGAUUUAUCCGAUGACCAAAGCUCCUUAGAUGGGGGUUAA